AUUUACACCCACCUGUAAAUCUUCAUGUCAAUCAUGAUUUUAUUUAGUGUUGCAGCAAAUCAUGUGAUGCCUUGAUCGGUGACUUCUGUCAAUUCGGGGACAGGUGAAAGGAUGGAGCCCCGAGAUGAAAUUUCUAGAGCGUUGAACAUCCCAAGGGAAUAUACCCGACGUAUUUCCAAAACCAGGGUCGUCUGUUUGGUGUCUGAUGACUGGCUGCAGCUUGCUGUUCAGGGUAAUGUUGAUGGACACAAAUGGGGGCGUUUGCUUAUGGUACCAGAGUGUGAGCGUCUCCUGGCGCCAUCUACUGGCACAAUACAACAGCCUUGGCUGAGGAUAUCUGUAAAAAGCAUACCUAAAUCUGAUCAACUGAUUGAUUGGCCCCAGGAUGAACCUUUGUACAACCCUGAAUUUGAUGCUUCACUGCUCGGACAUUUGUCAGAGACAAGUAAGGAAAACUUCCAAAACCUGUGGAGAUCUGCAUAUGAGCGUUACCACGGAGGUGAAGGAAGCAAGGUGACACACAAACAGACACAGUUUACGGAGGCAGUGAGACAGUACCUCCUACGGAUACAUCCCCAGGCCUUCAACACUCUAGACAAGAACAAAAAUCACCAAGUGGCUCCCAUCACUGAGAGGUCCAUCGCUACCUCUGCGUUCCUUCAGAAUGUCGUCCCCAUCUUAACCAUAGUUGAAACUGAGGUGUACUUUCACCUUAUACAGCCAUACUUUGCACAAUCUCUCCAUGAUGUAGUCACUUUCAGCCCUUCAAUAUUUGAGUCUUCUUUCAGCAAACCUCUGUUUGUGUUGUACCAGGUUCUCCAGUCCAUGAGAAUGUUCCACAAACAUGGACUGUCUGCUGGGAAUCUAAACAUGAGAAAUAUUUUGAUUGAUCACAAACUGUGGGUAUAUGUUUCUAGUGUACCGGUGAGGUCUAUAAGUCUGAGUGUAGAGUCUGGUGGUUCUCAGGACUCAGACACCCUCGAUGCUCAUGAGAAUCAGAUGACCAAUGUAGCCAAUCAGAGUGGAGACCUGGCCCCUAUGGGCCUGACACUUCAGAGACUACGUAGUGAGAGUGACACAAUGGUAGAAGAUGCACAGAGAUACUUACAGUCUAGUCAAAACUUUAAAUUUGAAAUUAAAUAUCUUCCUGAUUUUCUAGAACAGUGGGUUAAUAGGAAGAUAAGUAACUUCAGAUACCUGAUGGUGCUGAACUCUCUAGCAGGGAGAAGAACAGGUGAUCCCAAUCAUCACCCUGUUUUGCCAUGGGUUAUGGAUUUUUCUGGCCCUGAUUAUGGAUUCCGUGAUUUGAAAAAAUCUAAAUACAGACUAAAUAAGGGAGAUAAUCAACUUGAUUUGACAUAUGAAGCUUUCUCAGGUCUCUCAGAUGAUUCUCACAUUCCUCAUCAUGUUUCUGAUGUUUUAUCAGAUAUAACAUUCUAUGUAUAUAAAGCAAGACGCACACCAAAGUCCAUUCUGUGCACCCAUGUACGACCUCGAUGGGUUCCGAACGAGUAUCCAAGUAGUAUGCAAAGGAUGCAGGAGUGGACUCCAGAUGAAUGUAUACCAGAAUUCUUCACUGACCCCACCAUUUUUACAUCUAUGCAUGAGGACUUGCCUGAUCUGGAGUUACCUCCCUGGUGUACAACUGCAGAAGACUUCAUCAGUAAACACAUGGAGGUUUUAGAGAGUGAGCAGGUAUCCAGCGCCCUCCAUCAUUGGAUUGACCUCACCUUUGGCUACAAGCUGACUGGAUCAGCUGCUGUGAAAUCAAAGAAUGUGAACCUACAGUUGGUGGAUGAGCAUAAAAAUGUGACAAACAGGGGUGUAGUUCAGCUUUUCAACGUGCCCCACCCCCACAGGAUUCCUGUGUCCCAAAGGACCGCCAACCAGCCUCCUAGGCUGCCAAAGAACAUGCUGCCAUCUCAGAUGCUGGGGGAUUCUGUAGAGGAGACCAACUACAGUGACAAGAGGUCAUCUGGAACAAGUCAAACAGUCAAUGUCCAGCGUCCAGAACUAGCCACCAUUCGUCUGCCCAAGUCCUAUGACCCUGUGUCGGAGCUGGACCAGCUGGAGUCUCUGUACAGCUUCUCUAGUCAUACCAUGAGGGAGCUGCCACACUCAACACAUGUAAAGCCACUACCUUCCCCUAUGGAUUGCUACCCCAGUGUGCUGACACAUGACAUGCAGGCCUUUGGCUGUUUACUGUGCGAGAUGUUCCUGGCUUCCUCCCUCCACAUGCAGCCAACACAGACAUCACUCUCCCAACGCUACGAUGCAGUCAAGUCAACAUUCAGGGAGGGACAAAAUAUUUUCCCAAGGCCUUUACUGAAAGCAGUGGAAACACUUUUACAAAUCAAUGAUUUUAACUCAGGACAUGAUAAAGGGGAAGUAACUCAGUAUGGGUUUAGCUACCCAAUAGUAAAUAAAUUAGGGUUGCCUCCCCCUACUCCAGUACAACUCCUUCACCCUGUUCUCAAUAUGCUUCCCUUCCCAAAAUACUUCCCUGACCUAUAUACUUGUCUGUGUCGGCUUAAGGUUAAAGACAGUGAUAUUGAGCAGAUCAGAUGGUCAUCCAACUAUCCAUCAUACGAGAAGCAGAAGGUCAUUAAAAUCAUUGCCAGAGAAAAAGUGAAAAUUCUGCAAAAUUUUCUUGAAACAUUCCAAGGACAUCUUAGUCAAGAAGGCUUAGAACUUCUGCUUCCAUAUUUAGAAGAUCUAUUUAGAAAUGACAUCACUGCAAUACCUGCAGCUUGGUCACUCUUCAAUUUGAUUGGGCAAGAAAUUGGACCAAAAGAAACAAGUACCAGAUUUCUUCAGCAUCUUGUGAAACUAUUCAGUAGUGACACUCCAUCUCCAAAACUGAUGAAAAUCUACCACAAAACAUUCCUCAUACAGAUGCUGCUGAGACUAGGGCUCCAGACAUUUCUUUCCAACUUUGCCACUCUACUGGUCGAGGCUGUGGCAGGCUACAAGAAUUAUGUGUUUGAGGAACUCUUCACGGACCAGCAGGAGAGUGAUGCUCUGGAUGACCUGGUAAAACGUAGGGAUGAUGAGGGUCUGACACUCCCUCCUGUAGAGGAGGAGGACCGAGACGAAGACUUAGAGAUGGAAAGUCAGUUCUCUGAGUUCCCUACAGAAUCAACACAAGAUGAUGUAGAUGACAUUGAUGAUGAAAUAGCAGAUAGUAUUUCCCUAAGUGAGGAAAAUCAUAACGAACCUGAUGAUGAAGAUGAGAGAUCUGAGGAUUCACUUAAUAUUAGUGCUGAUGACGAGUCUGACUUCCGGAGUGAUUGUGAGGCUUACGGAGGGGAGAGUGCAGAAAGGGCAUCCAUUCACAGUAUCUCCCACCUGAUUGACAAAUCACUUGAACUACAAGGAGUAGCUGAUAAUGAGGGAGGCUCACUGACGGACAGGAACAGUUCAUCUCAUGAUUGGGGGACUCCGCCAUUACAGAAUAACAAUGAAAAUGAUGAUAUGGCCGAGGAUGCAGAAAGCAAAAAUGGUGGGUCUGAAGUGAAGUCUGGUAUGGUGCGCAGUGAGACCGAUGAGUUCGCACAUAGUAUGUCUGAGAGAACAGCUGAGGAGGUGGUUAAUAUCAGUGAUGUGUCUGCAGAAAGCAUCAAGUGGUUAUCACAUAGACUUGGGUCGGUCCUCACAGCCAAGUUCCUGUCACGCAAUCUCCUUCGGAUGCUGGCCCUGUGUUAUUUUGGCGAGGAACAGCUUAUUGUACUAGCAGAGGCAGACAAGAAGUUCCCAAAAUCGUCCCGCCUGGUGUGCGGAGACCGGAAUGCCCACAAGGUGUUGGAAUGUCUGUCCUUUAUUGCCCAGAUGUAUGGAGAACAGGUGAUCCUGCUACAGUACAUUCCCUGUAUAGUAGACAUGGUUAACACAGCAAAGAAACGUCUCACUCAGAAGGCAGAGUCAGGUGUGAUUAGUGCACUGGUCUUAUUGAGACACAUCCUGCCUCUCCUGUCUGAUGAGUCCCUCAUGGAUGUUUUACCGGAUACAAUCAUCAGGGAUACCCUGUCUCCUGUUAUUAUGCUCAUAUCUUCAACAUCUCAUAAUUUCCCAGGAGGAAGCAUGGUACGCUCAUUAAUCUGCCACAAAGUUAUAGACGUGGUCUUUGUCAUUGGUUUACGUGUAGGUUUUGAAAUGACAAGGAAUCUCAUGACUGGACUCCUCAUCGAGUUUUUUUCUUGCUUUGCACAAGUUCAUGGUAACCAGCAGCAACAGUCUCAGUCAGCAGCUCAGCAAGAGUCAGUCAACCAAACACAACCAAUCAAAUCUCAGGUGUCUACAGACGACUCGUACUGUAAUAUCAGGAUAGACUGUAAUACAAACGAGUACACUAUUGGCACACCAGUCUCUGUUGGUAACUUCAUCCCCUCCCCCAGCUCAGGCCUCAGCCCCGGGGCCUGGCACUCCUCCAGAAAGUCUCUGUAUAGCCUCACUGUCACGCCCUAUGAUGACAGAGAAGACUCCCCAGAGUAUGGUACGAAGGACAAAGAGAAAACGUUACAGGACCUUGUUGAUGUGUUCUCCCCUGAGCUAGCUAUGGCGUCCUACAUACCCUUCUGUCGCAUAUUUGGCAGUAUUUACAUGGAGAAUAGUCUACCUAAUGAUGACAUGAUCAGACAGCUCUGUUCCCAGUAUGAUGGAGAGCUCAGUCCUAUCCACAGCAGUGACUCUGAAACGACUUCACCUGUACAAGAAGUAAGUGUGGGCCUCUGUUUCCCCUGUCUAGCCAUACCUGUCCUAGGAAUCGGGAGUAACGUGGCUUUGCUAGGCAACAGGAUCCAGCUCAACACCAGUACACCACAAGGGUCAGACACAUUCAAGAUCGGACCAAUUCACAGAAACUCUCGUUUACUCAGGGUGGAUCCCGAUGAAACAAGGAGUGAUCAGAUGGAGCACAACAAGCGUCGACAUCUGAGGGGGAACUGGCUGGCUUACUGGGAACAUGAACUUGGCCUGAGUGAGCGAGACACUAUGUUCAACUUUAAGCAGAUCAAGCUGCAAACAUUUGAGGGCCACAGUAGUAGUAUCAGGUCACUGACUGUACUGGACAAUGAAAACUCCUUCGUCACCGCCAGCAAGGACAAAACGGUCAAGCUCUGGUCCAUCAAGAGCUAUGGGGAUGGUGCUCACAAGAGCAGGUGUCAGUGGACCUAUCAACAGCACAAGAAGUCAGUGUUCUCUGUAGCCUACCUCGAGUCUGUGCGACUUGUAGCAUCCUGUGAUAGCACCGUCCAUAUCUGGGACCCGUUUACGGGAGAUGUAGUUCGGCGCCUUGAGUCAACCCGUUACAGCCCUGUGACAGCCCUAAUUCCAUGUCCCUCACCGAGUACCAUGAUCAUCACCGCCACUAAUGACUCCACCCUAAGGUUUCUGGACCUACGAGCAGCUAGCUAUGCCCACGAGUACAAGUGUACGACCAGCACAGCAGGCCUGAUUCGCUGUGUGACUGUCAGUCCAGACAGCCAUUGGGUGUGUGUAGGAUUUUCCUCAGGAAUAUUGUCCCUCCUGGACCUGCGUACUGGCAUAAUGAUGAAGUCCUGGAAAGGUCACGAAGGCGACAUCUUACAGAUGAAGGCAUACAAUAAAACCACCUUCCUCACCUCGUCUUUCGACCAGACCAUGAAGAUCUGGAACACGGAGGACACUAAGGACCUUCCCUGUCUAAAGGGUCAGAGUGAACCAGUUCAUUGCAUGUCUCUCUACAAAAACCAAAUCAUCUCAGGAACUACGGGCAACAAAAUUGGUGUCCAUGCCUCCAUAGAAAACCAGGGUUCCUUUACCGUUACCAAACUGAAGGCUGACACUUUUAAAGGUGUCUUGACGAGUAUGGCUAUCCUACCGAUGAACAGGACUGUAUUACUAGGGGCUGACAAUGGUAGUGUCCGGCUGCUUUGUUAAACACGAUCUUAUACCGGGACUGUCAAUGGGAAUGUCUCUCUGCUGUGUUAUACAGAACCAUAUAUUCAGGCCAACAAUGAAAGUGUACAUCUGCUAUGUUUGACUGGACUCGAACUUUGCCUGACCAAUGUAGUGUCUAUAAAGUCUGGUGGCACAACCAUACCACUACUAUUAGCAGGAUAACAAGGGGCUGACCAUCGCAGAAUUGUUUCAGCUCUACAGUCCCUCACCACAAACUCAUUCUGUUGUCUGGAGUUUCUAGACUCUAACUUUAAAAAAAAUAAUAUGAAGACUGGAGUCUUUAGAUUUUAACCUAGAACUUAAUGUUUGGUCUAGUCUCUAGAUUCUAGCCUGAAACUUAAUAUGAAGUCUGGAGUCUCUAGAUUCUAACCUAAAACUUAAUAUGAAGACUGGAGUCUAGAUUUUAACCUAGAACUUAAUGUUUAGUCUAGAGUCUCUAGAUUCUAGCCUGAAACUUAAUAUGAAGUCUAGAUUCUCUAGAUUCUAACCUGAAACUUAAUAUGAAGUCUGGAGUCACUAGAUUCUAACCUGAAACUUAAUAUGAAGUCUGGAGUCACUAGAUUCUAACCUGAAACUUAAUAUGAAGUCUGGAGUCUCUAGAUUCUAACCUGAAACUUAAUAUGAAAACUGGAAUCUUAAGAUUUUAACCUAGAACUUAAUGUUUAGUCUAGUCUCUAGAUUCUAACCUGAAACUUAAUAUGAAGUCUGGAGUCACUAGAUUCUAACCUGAAACUUAAUAUGAAGUCUGGAGUCACUAGAUUUUAACCUAGAACUUAAUAAGAAGUCUGGAGUCUUUAGACUCUUAAAUUAAUGUGAAGUCUGGAAUCUCAAGAUUCUAACCUAAAACGUCAUGUGUAGUUUUGGGUCUCUAGAACUUUAUUUGUAAUCUGGUCUCUAGACUGUUAACCAGAUUUUUUGUUUGUUUCUAGCUGCAAAUUGCUAGACUCUUACCCAUUUUAAUGUGUUAUAAAUAGAAGACCUCAGAACCCUUCACACAAACUCAAAACAGAAAUCAGAUAAUUGUGUGAUCUACCUGUGAUAGAGGCCAGGUGUUAGUGUGACCUACCUGUGAUAGAGGCAAGGUAUUGCUGUAACCCACCUGUGAUUGAGGCCAGGUGUUGAUGUGACCUUCUUGUGAUUGAGGCCAGGUGGUGAUGGGACCUACCUGUGAUUGAGGCCAGGUGUUAGUGUGACCUACCUGUGAUUGAGGCCAGGUGUUAGUGUGACCUACCUGUAGUUGAGACUAGGUGUUGAUGUGACCUACCUGUGAUUGAGACCAGGUAUUAGUGUGACCUACCUGUGAUUGAGGCCAGGUAUUAGUGUGACCUACCUGUAGUUGAGACUAGGUGUUGAUGUGAUCUACCUGUGAU